UGAUAUAAAACGUGCUUGAAUGAGAUAAGCACAGCUUGAUUUUAUUUAAAAGAAUGUCUGCUCUUAUUUUGAAACUCGUACUAAUGUCGUUGUUUUGUAGCUAUAUAACAUGCAAAUCGUACUUGUACGAAUAUUCAAAAAUACAAAAUAAUUUACCGCAUUUUGCGAUUUCGUGCUCAACCGCUCGACAUUUCAGUUUGUCGCAAUGUGCAUCUAUUGCAAGUGGAACAAAGUCCGUAAGAUUCUUUUUUAACACUAUCGAACAUCUUUGCCAGUGGAGCUGUGUUUUUCUAUUAAGUUCCGGUUGCAACCUUUGUCAACUUCCAUGGAUUGCGUACGAAGUUAAAUCGAGGAGGAAUUCUGCUCUGGAAACUCCAAUUACAGGAUCUUCGGUAAUGAAUAACAGUUACGGAGAUUAUCAUCCCUACUAUGCAACGGAUGGUCUCUUUCCAAAUGGCUAUACAAAAAUGUUUCAUUCAGACUUUGAGUCGUCCCCAUGGAUCAAUGUCGAUUUGUUGGACAUACUUACAAUACUCUUCAUUCGCUUCUAUAACAGAGUAGAUGGUUCCGGGGAGAGAUUCCAUGACGUUGCAGUUGAAGUGACAAAUAGUAGCAUGUAUGAACAACGUGGGUUUUACAAAGGACCUGCAAAGACAAAGGAGGUAGUAGAUAUACUUUGUGACUACCCCACCAUUGCUCGCUACGUCCGACUAAAGAUAAAGGAAGGAACCGGAAAUAGUCUCAAUGUACCGGAACUCGAAAUAUACACAGCCUGA